CAGACAUACUUACAGCUCAACCAUUAAGCCACCAACCACUAAAUUCCUCACUACGUAUCAGGGCAGUCUUUAGAGACUAUCCCACUCGACACAUACCCCUGUGUCAUACCCUCACAACGCGCAGCGAUGGGCCACACCAACCGCCCGGCAGCCGCGCACACCAAGCAGGCCCAGCAUCAACGUCUCCCGCAGCAUCGCCAGCAGCAGCAGCAGCACGCCCAGCCCCGCGGCCUGCGGAUUGCUGCACAUGGUCAUCCCCCGACCCAUCACGCUGCGAGUGCACGUUCGCAUCCAGCGGCGCAUCCCCAUCCGGUAGCUCACUCGGCUCACCCUCCCCAACAACACCAUUCUGUCGCCCACCAUGCCGCUCCGCACCCGCAGCGCACUCCCCACAUCACGCACACCAGCCAGCCCCACAGCCGAGCCCCCGCAAUAGCCGGCGCAGCAGCAGCAGGCGCCGCAGCCGGGGUCGGAGGCACGGUGAUCUACGAGCAAUGGAACCAAAACACCGAGCAGAUCGAGCUACAAGAUAACAACAACUAUCCCCGAGACUCGGCACAAUACGACCGGAACGACGGGGACUGGUCUGGCGAUGACGAUGAUAAUCGUGGAUACGUGGACACCAAUGAUAUGGCCUAUGGCGAUGAUGCGCAGCAGACAGGGUAUCAAGCGCCCGAGCCCCCGAGGAUGGAGAAGAAUGACGAUGGGGAUGGGUGCUGUGGGGACUGCGAUGGGUGUUGCGAUGGGUGCUGCGAUGGAUGCUGCGAUGGGUGUUGUGGGGGAUGCUGUGGGGGUAGCGAUAACAAGCGGGAUGAUGAUGGAUGUUGUUGCUGUUGAUCUAAUGGGUUAGGGCUGGGAAUGGUCAUAGGGUAUUUAAUGUCUAGUAUGUGAUUGUAAAGCUG